CUGACAUUAGCAGUUGAGUGCUGUCAGUGUCAUAUGGCAUGCGAAGGCAGCUUCAGCUGGUUUAGAGCAGAGACAGUUAUUAGUGUCAGCAGUAGUGGCAGCUUGCUGCGCGUUAUUCCCCUCAGAGACACGGACUUUAUCCGGAGCAGAAAGCAACAUGACACAAAGGUAAGAGCAGCAAAAACUUCCUGCACUGUGACCGGUGGGAGUUUGAUGGAGUUCUUGAGGGGCAGUGGUGACUACUGCCACGCACAACAUCACUCCGUCUGAAUAAGCCGAGGAUGCCUUUCGCUGAGGAAGAACUUUUCUGAGAAGUUGGAUGUGAAAACGGAAAACUGUUUCUCCUCAUAAUCUCCAUUGCGGGGCAAGGUCUUUUCAGCUGAGGCUCCUCCGAAAUCCAAAUGGGGUAACGUGUUAGCAAGUUUGUUAGCGUAAAAGAACUGAAAACACCCCCCUUUCCCCUACCCCCACCCCCCCUCCCCAUAACCAUCCCCAUCCAUAACGUGGAAGACUGGGCCGAAUUUCAAGGGCACCCAGGUCUACCAGAAGCAAGAUCUUGUGCAUUCUUUAGUUUUUUUUUUUCUUCAAAAGAAAAGAAGGAAGGAGAAACAAAAAUCACUUUGGGAACUGGCUUAGUGGGCACACUGCACUUUCCUUGAGCUCCUUUACGGCAAACGUCCCCUCUCUUCAAGUGAAGCAGAGGCAGAAGUCUCCUUUAUUGGACUCGUUGCUGGGCACUGUGACUUCAUCAUGGCUCGCAUGAAUCGGCCUGCGCCUGUGGAAGUCUGCUACAAGAACAUGAGGUUCCUCAUCACACACAACCCCACCAACUCUACUCUCAACACUUUCAUUGAGGAUCUGAAGAAGUAUGGUGCAACCACAGUUGUUAGAGUCUGUGAAGUCACCUAUGAUAAAGCCCCAUUAGAAAAGGAUGGAAUUACUGUGAUGGACUGGCCUUUCGAUGAUGGGGCCCCUCCUCCCACCAAGAUAGUGGAAGACUGGCUGAACCUCCUGAAGACUAAGUUCUGUGAGGAUCCUGGCUGCUGUGUAGCAGUCCACUGUGUGGCAGGGCUUGGACGAGCUCCUGUCCUGGUGGCACUGGCGCUAAUUGAGAGUGGGAUGAAGUACGAGGAUGCCAUUCAGUUUAUCAGACAGAAACGCAGGGGGGCCAUCAACAGCAAGCAGCUGACCUACCUGGAGAAGUAUCGACCCAAACAAAGACUCCGCUUCAAGGACCCGCACAACCACAAGAACAAGUGCUGCAUCAUGUGACUCUGGCUAGCCCUCUGACGGAUCCGAAUGGCUUACGGAAAACGGACUGGUCACAACCAAUGCACCUGGACACUACCCUGUAACCUAAUGGAGAUGUGUAGGAGUCGCCACUCUUUUUUUUUUUUUUCCCCCGUGACUGAUCUCAAGCUCAGGGCUGUUAGAGACGACCCUCUUGCAUCCAGUCUUCGUUUGUUCAAAUUGAUCCCAAGUGCUGGUUAAUCUCUCAGCUAACUUCACAUUGUGUUUCCUAAGUACAUCGGGGGCACCUGGGUGCCCCAACCAUGCACUGAACCUCUGAUUUUAACAGCACUGUCCACAAGCACAGCAGCUGCCCUGUUUGGUGGCUUCAACGUUGCACAUUUGAAUAAAACAAUCAAUGCCACAGAUUUGCUGCAGUAGCGCCUUUUUAAGCUGAUCAUUGUAAAGCCAAGGUAGUAUGGACACAAAGGAACCCAUAGAGCAUUUUCUUGUCUGUGUUUUUACUUGCCACAGCUUCGGAGAACACGUACUCUUUGACCUCUGUCUUAAUUUACCAUCGUGAUGCUUAACCGUGUCUGUUUUUACGUUAUUUUGUAUGUUUUCCUAGCGCAAGUCCCAUUCAACUGUAGCACCACUCGGAUGAGUUUUUCCCCACACUCCUGAAGGACGGGGUGAGGGGAGGUGAUGGGGGGUAGAUGUAGGCCUGGGAUACUUGGGGACUGUGUAUUUUUAAAAGAAAUUAUUUUUUACAUUGUUUCAUACAAAACACAAAAUGCUAAGAAAUUUGAAUACCUCACCAAAAUCAGAUAACCCAGAUUGGGGCAUGUGUCAUGGAGAAAAAGAAGAAAACUAGCUUACAGCUGUUGGGGUGAGUUGUAGGGAAGGUGAGGAAUGAGGGGGGAGAUGACAUUUCCAGCUCUGAGUCACUAACAUGGCACCUCAGUGACUAAAGAAACCAACUGCUCCGAAGUCAUGUAAAACCCCUGAUUGUCUGUGUCCACGCAGAAAAUCAUGAUCAGCCAGGUAUUUAGGGAAACCUAUCUUUGAGGUACAAUCGCCUGGUUUUGCCUUGGAAGUCACCCAACUCAGGCUGUUCAUGGUAACAAAAAAGAAACAUUAAAACGUGGACGAUUGGACGAGUGGUUUACAUCCUUUUACUGAAAAUGUUGGAGACUAAAUAAUAAAAAGCAGCCUUUUAAAAAAAAAAAACCUGUUAAGGCAGUUUUCAAUUCUCUGCUCUUGUCAGUUGGAAUAUUCUGUCACCUUUGUCAUGUAUUAACUGUAUAAACCAUACCUACCGUUUAUGAUGAAUUAAUUGAAUUCUGAAUACAUGCUGCCACCCAGUGGAGAUCUUGUAAAUAUGAGAGAACUAAAUGCUGUUUGCAACCCGAA